GUGGCGGGUGGCGGGUGGUGCUCGUCCCCCUCCCCAGGCCCCGGGUGUCCCCGUGACGAGGCAGCGCGGAACCGCCGCGGGCCGGGCCCAUCCCGCCGCAGCGGCCCCGGGGCCGAGCAGGCGCAAGGCGCAGAGGGAGCAGCGCCGAGCGGGGUAGGAGCGCCGCCAGAAUGGUGCUGGAAGGGAACCCUGAAGUGGGGUCCCCACGAACCUCAGACCUCCAGCAUUCUGGGAACCAGAGCUCUUGUGUCCUUUCUUCUGGUGAAGAUGCACAGCCAGGCGAGGAGCCCAUCAAGUAUGGUGAACUCAUCGUCUUGGGAUGCUGUGAGGAAGGAGGUGAGGAAACCGAGGCUCAGAGAGGGGAAGUGACUGGUCCAAGGGCACGCAGCUGCUACAAUGGAUGUCUGGCAAAUGGGGACAAGGGCCGCCGGCGAAGCCGCCUGGCACUGAGCCGCCGGCCACAUGCCAAUGGAGUGAAGCCGGACGUCAUGCACCACAUCUCCACACCACUCGUAUCCAAGGCCCUGAGUAACCGUGGCCAGCACAGUAUCUCAUACACACUAUCUCGGAGCCACUCGGUCAUAGUCGAGUACACUCAUGACAGCGACACAGACAUGUUCCAGAUCGGUCGCUCCACGGAGAACAUGAUUGACUUUGUGGUAACAGACACAUCCCCUGGAGGAGGGGCUGCUGAGGGCCCCUCUGCCCAGAGCACCAUCUCCCGCUAUGCCUGCCGCAUCCUCUGUGACCGACGGCCACCCUAUACUGCCCGCAUCUAUGCCGCUGGCUUUGAUGCCUCCAGCAACAUCUUCCUUGGAGAGCGGGCGGCCAAAUGGCGGACCCCUGACGGCCUGAUGGACGGCUUAACCACCAAUGGGGUCCUGGUGAUGCACCCAGCAGGCGGCUUCUCUGAGGACUCGGCCCCAGGUGUCUGGCGAGAGAUCUCAGUCUGUGGGAAUGUGUAUACCUUGAGGGACAGCCGCUCAGCACAGCAGCGGGGGAAGCUGGUGGAAAACGAGUCCAACAUGCUUCAGGACGGCUCCCUCAUCGACCUGUGUGGGGCUACGCUGCUGUGGCGCACACCAGCAGGGCUGCUGCGGGCACCCACGCUGAAGCAGCUAGAAGCCCAGAGGCAGGAGGCAAAUGCGGCGCGGCCCCAGUGCCCUGUGGGCCUCAGCACCCUGGCCUUCCCCAGUCCGGCGCGUGGCCGCACAGCACCUGACAAGCAGCAGCCGUGGGUCUACGUCCGUUGCGGCCACGUUCAUGGCUAUCAUGGCUGGGGCUGCCGGCGAGAGCGGGGACCCCAGGAGCGAGAGUGUCCUCUUUGUCGCCUUGUGGGGCCUUAUGUGCCCCUGUGGCUUGGCCAAGAGGCUGGCCUCUGCCUGGACCCUGGGCCGCCCAGCCAUGCCUUUGCGCCCUGUGGCCAUGUCUGCUCUGAGAAAACUGCCCGCUACUGGGCCCAGACACCACUGCCCCACGGCACACACGCUUUCCAUGCUGCCUGCCCCUUUUGUGGGGCCUGGCUCACUGGUGAGCAUGGCUGCGUCCGCCUCAUUUUCCAGGGGCCACUGGACUAGGCUUCCUGGGGCCCCCUGCUGCUGUGCCCACCUGCCCACCCAGGUCCCCCACCUCCUGCAGUCCAGAGGGAGCUCUGCAUGUGGGACUCUACCUGCUGGCAUGUAGCCACACCACAUGGACAUGUUGGAUGGGCUGUGCCCCUCCCCUCUUUAACUCUGGCCCCCAUAACCCCUGCCCCAGUCAGAAUAAUGGGGCCCUCAGCACCAGCUGUCCUGGGCUUAUAGAGGGAAAUCCACUCCCAUGCCCCACCCUUCCUGGGGCACCCCUCAUCAUGCCGCCUCACUGUGCCCCUGGGGGAGUGAAGUGGCCAUGGGCUUCUGACCUCCAGCUUAGGUUGGCUGUGCCUGAGCCUGCCAAUCCAGUUGAAGAUACUCACCCUGCUGUGCCCUGGGUUCCUCUAUAAACCUUGCUGCUCAGCUGCCCUCACAAAUCCCAUGUGUUCCUGCAUGUGUGCAAUGUCUCCAGCCCCCAAGCAAGCGAGCGAGUGACAGAUGUGCGGCGGGCUGGGACCUGAAUCUGACACCCAUUGUGCGCUGUGGGUAUCACGGACUCUAUGCCACGUGGGCUCUGGGGACAGACACAGUCAGACCUGGUUCCCUGCCUGGUGGAAUUCACAGUCGGGUAGACAACAGACGAAAUUACCUAAUGACAGCACGGCUUCCUGUGUGCCAGGAUCAGAGAGUUACUGGGCUGUGGAGCAGGUUGCACUGGCAGGUGGCCAAGUGAGGGAAGCGUCACUGAGAAGGUGGCAUAGGAGCUGAGCUGCUGUGGCUGUGUCAGAAUCCCCCACAGGAAGGGGCAGGUGUUCUAGGCAGAAGGGAGGCUGAGCACAAGCUCAGGUGGCAGUCAGCAGGGGACUGAGGGAGGGGUUCUGAGUGGCUAGAAGAGGGGUUGCAGGGGCAGGAAGGAGGUGGGGCUGUGCUAACGGAACAUGCUGGAUGGAGGAUUUAGAAUUUCAUUUGUGGGCAGUCAAGAGUCAAGGGAGGAGAGAAGAUGCGCAGUUCCAGAGUGUUGGCUGUGACACAAGGGCUACUAUUACCCAAUGCCCACCGUGUGCCCCACAUUGUGCUAAUGAUAAUGACUGUUCACUGAGCACUCACCAGGCACCGGGCUCUGCUUCUCUGAGGUUUUUUUAUUUCAUGCUCACAGUGCCCCAGGGAGGGAGGUGUUACUAUUUCUGUUUACAGGGAGGCUAAGGCACAUGCUCCAAGUCACACAGCUAGGAAAUAGCCAAGUCAGGACUCAGAUCCACAGCUGCCUGCCUGGCUGUGAGCCUGCCCUCAUCUCCCAUCCUUAUCCACUGCGCUGUUCUCCUUGGACAGGAGUGGGAGGACUUGGGAGGACCUCCCAGGUAAGGGGAACAACAUGUGCAGAGGUGUGGCAGGGAAAAGGCUCGAUGACCAAUGAGGCAGGUGUAGAGGG